UCUCUGACCGCUAAACAUGCGAUAAGCACAUUCUUCGUUGCGUAAAGUUACUUAAAGUGGCGCAGUACCGGUUUUAAAAUAUUUUUGUUGAAACAAACUUCUUGACUUCUUACACGGAUAUAUAUUUGAAGCUACAACAUUAAGAUGUACUUGAAUAUAUCAAUGUUACUGCUUUUGGCUGCAACUGUGGCUUUGGUGAACAGUCGCAACGUUACGACGACAGCAAAUCCGAAGUCAAUGAUAUCAGUGAACAUGCAAGUGAGAUUUGAAAACUACGGUGCAACGCUCGACAUUAGCCAAAUGGCUGUUAAUGGAACGAAUGCUUUUGACUUGUUGCAAAUGGCCUCGCAGAGACAUCCAUGUUUCAACUUCGAAUACAAAGUAUUUCCUCCAUAUGGACGCUACAUAUCAAGUAUUUGUUGUGUUGCCGAAAACACCACUACCCAGCAAUCUUGGUUUAUCUAUAUUAACGACAAAUCAUCUCCUGUUGGUGUUGACCUACUGCAACCAAAAACUGGUGACACACUGCAGUUUAUAUAUCGACAAUGGAGCUCAGGCCAUAAUCAAAGCGAGUUGGAUGAAAAUAUGAACAAAACGACAAAUGAAACGAGAAACGUAACCAUACUACAGAACACUGCAUCAGUACAGCUAACAUUUUCGAAUUAUCCGCCAGGGAACUCACUCCCAAUUCAAAAGAUAGCACUGCGUGAGAAUAUGACGGCUUUUGAGUUGCUCGAGGAGGCUUCAAAACUCCAUCCAUGUUACGCCUUUGAAUACACACAGUUUCCCUUUGGUCGUUUCAUCAAUACAAUAUGCUGCGUAAGUGGUAAUUCAUCCACGGGAUUUUACUGGUUUCUUUAUAUCAAUGGUAAGCAGUCACCAGUUGGGGUUGAUCUACUUAAGCCGAAGAAUGGUGAUACCAUAACAUUUAGAUAUGAAGUAUACAAACCAACAGAGCAACAUGCAACAGUUGCAGUGUUUGACAAUUGUGUGGAAUAUUUCCGACAAAAAUGCAGAAAUGAUUCUUCUCAACAAACAAACGUAAUCAAAGACAGAAGUGAUGCUGGCUAUUCAAACACAAACGCUAAUUCAAUUUGUUUUGCUAAUCGAAUGGCGUGCACUGGAGAAGGAUGGACGUACGUUGGUGAGGCAAACAUUGGUUAUGAUUCCGCACAAUGGACAGCAAAAGGAGGCGAUCAAAUGACAUUCAAUUCUCAAUUUUGGAGUGCCAAUGUUAGCGAAGUUUGUAUUUUGAGUGCAGACUUUCAAAUUCGUUUCCCAGUCAAAGCACCAUCUUUGAGAAGCUUAUUUUUUGAAAAGUUUAAUUUGAAUCUGAGUGCAAGAAUGUUCAUUGAAAGUGUUAACAAUAGCAACGUCAACAUAACUGGAGCAAAUUUUACUACUGGAUGUUAUGAAGUUGGGUUCAAUGUUGGUAUGAAAAGUCAAUCAAAUAAAACGUUUCGGGCUCGUUUUGGUGUCGUUCACGUUCCUACUAACAAAGGUUGUGAACACAUAUCUCCCAUUUUGGCAAUUGGAAUUGGCUUGGACGUAAAUAAAGAUAAUGGAACCUACUAUGGCGUCUAUGCUUUCCCCGAAGCCAAAAGACCUCAAGGCUACACUAAAAGCAUUCCAAAGUUAUUUGUUCGCAAUUAUAUAUGAUCAAAACUCACAAAGACUCUUUAUCACUGAAGUAUACCUGCAUCUUUUAAUGAUAAAGAAACAUAUAAGUUGCUAUAAUAUUCACGAAUGACAUAUAAGUUUGCUUAACCAACAUUAACAACAUUGUCAUAUUUCAUCAAGCGAACGACUUACUUAUCGACGGUGGCCAUUUCUAUAUUAAAUCAAUGUGAACAAUAUAAUACACAAAUACUUAAAAA